AUGUUUGCACUUUUUCUUCAGAUUUGCGUCCCAUUCGUCACAAUUGCCUAUCCGUGGACUCUAUUUGCUUCGUUGCCAAUUUUUGGAUGGAUUCUGCCACAAAUGCUUGUCAACGUCUCCUUUUUUAUUAGCAGUUCUCAUGCAACGGCUUCUUCUUGUUGCAUUUUAUUCCUCACCGGUCCCUACAAGGAUUUUCUCAUUUCUCUCUUUUCGAGUCGAAUUGUGAAACGUCGAGGGACAAUGGUCUCCGUCCCGCAAAGAAAUUCGCUCACAAUUCGGAAA